CCGACUCUCAACGGGGUAUGCACCGCAUACUCGCUUGUGCUGAGUAUGGCUCUCCGAAGCCUGUCUGACCUUCUUCGCGCCGAAGCUCGGCCGUCGCGACGACUUGGCUCUUGGAACCACCUCGGAUCUUCCACCCCUUCCACGUUGCGGCCUCCGACUGCUCAAGCAUGUGUCUGCCAAUGCAGGACCGUUUCGUCAACGAACCGGGCAAAGCCCGUGGGUCAGCGCCGGCUAUAUGCCAGUAAGGCCGACGACAACAUGGGCUGUAACACUCCUGCAGGCGCCGGGCCGCCGCGGCUUCCUGUACCAGGCACAAACUGGUCCUGGAACGAGCCCGACCUACUUGCCGCGGCGGAGGAAGUGGCACUGCGCAAAGCUGCAUUCCGACCAGAAGAUUUCGAGGAGCUUCGGUACCUGCGACAGCGCUCCAAGCUCCUGCAGGAGCGCCAUGCGGCUGUUUCGGCCAAGCAAAAGACACUUGGUUUGGCAGUGCGGGCUUUGCAGAUGCGAGCGAAAGAGCAGGCAGACAGCAAGGAGGCGGACAAAGAAGAGGUCACGCUAGAAAUGACCUUACAACAGGCGCAGAGUGAAGCAGCUGAUGCAAGGAAAGAAGGAAAGGAAAUGGCAAAGGAACAAGAAGAGCUGCUGGCACGCAGCCUCGAGCUCCGACUUCGACUGCCAAAUCGAACCCAUCGUGACACGCCGCGAGGACCUGAGCCGAAUGCUCGUAUCGUAGGUAUUGGAGGGCCUGCGCAUCUGCUACCCAAAGGCUUCGACAAACAUAUGAAUGCAACCAUCGCGGAGGCAGAUCCCUCCCCCAUCGAGAGAGACACCGCGCCCGACCACCUGGCUGUCGCGGACGGCGUUGUAGGUGGCCACGGUGGCAUUGAUCUGCGCUCCGGUGUCGUCUCCACUGGGUCAUCAUGGCCCUUUUUACUCGGAACCAUCGCCAUGCUCGAGCACGCCAUUGCUCAAUACGCAUUGGCCACAGCUUGCGAUCGCGGCUUCGUGCUUGUCUCGCCGCCUGAGGUGGUCAAGACGGACAUUGCGGCACGCUGCGGCUUCAACCCUCGAGACGAGCAGGCGAGUCAGACGUACUUUGUCAGUACGAGCCGUACAGAUUCUUCUGGAGAGGAGCUGUGCCUCGUGGGUACGGCUGAAAUCUCGAUCGCCGCCUUGCUAGCCGGCCGCACUUUCCCCGCGCCUCUGCAAACGGGAAAAUCAUCGAGCGCGACAGAGACUACAGCGCAAUCUUCCGGAUCCUCGUCAUUGAGCCAGCAGCAGCUACCGCUGCGGGUCGUGGCAUUGUCUCACUCGUUCCGUGCCGAAGCCGGUGCCCGUGGCGCCGACACGCGCGGUCUUUAUCGCGUACACCAAUUCGCAAAGGCCGAGCUCUUUGUCGUCUGCAAUGCCUCACAGUCAGACGAGAUACUAGAGGAGCUUCGAAGCUUGCAAGAACAUAUCAUCAGCUCGCUCGGAAUCCCAUAUCGCGUGCUCAACAUGCCAUCUGAGGAGCUCGGCGCGAGCGCAUACCGCAAGUACGACAUCGAAGCUUGGAUGCCAGGACGCGGAAGCUGGGGUGAGAUCAGCUCUGCUUCCAACUGCACCGACCACCAGUCCCGUCGCCUGCACAUCAAGCACAAGACGCGCAACAGCGAUGGCAAGGCAGACUUUGCGCACACUCUCAACGGGACAGCCGCUGCGAUCCCAAGACUCGUCGUGGCACUGCUCGAGAAUUACGGGAGAGCAGAAGGUGGCAGGUUGCGCCUCCCAAUUUGCCUUCGGAAGUUCUGGUUAGGAGGAGAGGCAGAUUUAAAUGUCGAGUGGCUGCCAGGGCCAUUGCAGCCGUACUUUGGGCGCAUCGGUGCGCGACCGUUUAUUGGCAACCUGCCAUACGCCGCCCCCCUUCAAGCACGCGAGAUCCCGCGAAUACCAAGGCGCUCAUACAGCGCUUCCUCGCACAAGCCAAAGGAAUCUCCCAUCAGGUCUGCCAUUACUCAUGUUCGUGCUCUUGCUGAGCGUACUGGGACCGAUCCCGCCAGCCUGGUGAUGGCACUCCUCAUCCUCCACGAAUUGACAGCCGUGUUGCCAUUGGUGGUGCUAUUCUAUUUCUUUUCUUUUCUCGGGAUAGGCGCGACAGUGCUCCAUUGGCUCUUUCCCGGCCUCAUGCAACUCGACACAGACGCUGUAGACAAGGCCACCUUUGGAAGCGGCGCUGCCGAACCAGUACAGCACUUCUGGCUGACAGCGAAAUUGCAGGAUUGGCUGGACGAGGGCAUGAAACGUGCGGAGAAGUAUGGACGACGAAAAGGGUACUUUGGCUUCCAGAAGGAUGUUGCGCCAACCGACGAGGAUCAAGCAACGGGAGCAGGGGCCAGCAAAGUACUGGCCGGUGCCUUUGCAGACGCAGUUGCUGCUUACGUCAUUAUCAAGCUUCUCUUUCCCGUCCGGAUAGGCGCAUCCAUUGCGCUGGCGCCCGCUUUCUCGCGUGCAGCCAUUGAGCCUUGCAAGAGGCUUGUCCGAAGAAUACGACACAAGUAAAGGUCUUCGCAGCCGCAGAGGCUGUCACGCCCGGCUCAGCAGAGGGCAUUCUAAGGCUUUAUACCUGCCAGGUUGAGGCUGCGUCCGCAGUUGCUCGGGCUAACAGCCCUCACGGUUGUCAACUGUGCGAAAGCCUCCCAGUCAUUGUAUAUGCUUCUACAUGUCGCGGCCACGCAUUUGAUGAAUUGAUGGAGUGUCG